AUGAUGGUAAUCACUGGAAUUUAUCGAUCCUUUCCAAUUCGUUUGAAUCCAAAUAAACGUACCAUCAAAUCUUUAUUUAAAACCUUUGUUGAUGCUAUACAUAUCAGUAAAACUGAUAAAUCAAGAUUAAGUUCGGAUUCGGUAUUAUUAAAUGAAAAUGAAUAUGCACCAAAUUAUGAUGAGACCGAUAAUAUUAGCUGUAAAAGACCUGAUACUACAAAUCAAGUAAAUCCUUUUGAUUUAAAAGAAGUUGGAACUAAAAAAGAUGAUGAACAAAGAACAAAACCUAAAUUUACAGAUGUAGAAAUUAAUGAUUUCGAGCGAUUAUCAAAACAACGCUUUGCUUAUGAAACUUUAGCUAAUUCUUUAGCUCCAAGCAUUUUCGGAUUAGAUGAUGUUAAAAAAGGCAUACUCCUACAGUUAUUUGGAGGUGUGCAUAAAAAGUUUGAAAAAUCAGGAUCCCCUCGUUUUAGAGGUGAUAUUAAUAUCUUAUUAGUCGGUGAUCCAGGAACUGGCAAAUCACAAUUAUUACAGUAUGUUCAUAAAAUGUCACCUCGUGGAGUUUAUACUUCAGGAAAAGGUUCGUCAGCUGUCGGCUUAACUGCUUACGUCACAAGAGAUCCAGAUUCAAAACAAAUGGUUCUUGAAAGUGGGGCUUUGGUUUUAAGUGAUGGAGGUAUUUGUUGCAUCGAUGAAUUUGAUAAAAUGUCGGAAGGAACUCGUGCAGUACUUCAUGAAGUCAUGGUUUAUGACGUCUCUGAUACACAAUUAGCAAAGCAUUUAAUAUCAUUAUAUACGACAAAUAAUGAUAAUGCUGCUAGACCUGGAAUAGUGCCGUUCGAAACUUUAUCAAAAUACAUUUCAUAUGCAAAAACACAUUUUGAUCCAAAAAUUGAAGAUGAUGCAACCCAAACUGAAUUAGCUAAGAUUUAUGUGGAAUUACGUAAAUUAGGACAAGAUUCUCUUUCAUCGGAAAAAAUAGUUACAGCAACCCCCAGGCAAUUGGAAUCCAUGAUUAGAUUGGCAGAAGCUCAUGCUCGUAUGAGACUUUCAAAAAAUGUGAAUAUUCAUGAUGUUAGAGAAGCAGAAAGAUUAUUGAGAGAAGCAAUGAAAACGGCAGCUUGGGAUCCAGAAACUGGUAGAAUUGAUAUGGAUUUGAUUACUACAGGUCAUAAUAUUAAUGAUAGGGAAAGGGGAGCAGAUAAAUUGUUAAAGGAAGAUGAGGAAAAUGGAGAAAAUGAAUAA